GAAUUCACACUUCAAAUUAAAAACAGUAUCACACUUUGCAAAAUACUUCACACUUGGGUUGUAAUAAAUAGUUUUAACAAAACAAAACAAAACCCUCCACUAUCUUGAAUCCUAAGAAGCUGGCGAGCAAUGAAGGAACAAAACGUGCCUCCGCGGAACAAAGUCCUGCUGAAAGUGUUGGGUUGGUCUGCAUUCCUCUGACCAGAGCAGCUCACAGUUGAGACCGCUGUUCGUCCAACCCCUGUCACCAGCUCCGUCCACACCCUGCCCCUCCCCCUUCUCUCUCGGCCCUCUUUUGUCCAGAACGCACUGAACUAAAUAGCAAAAGAUUGCAUAACAUGUUUUUCAGCCACUGGUAGGACUGUUGGGUACAGUGCAGCUUCAGCGGAGAUAGCGCUACGUUUGAUAGCAGUCAGAACAAGCCUGUACAGGGCUAUAGUGGAGCUCCACAAGUUUGUUCACAACACGUUCACCUGCUGCAUCGCAGCGCCCUCGUGUCUCGGCUCUGCUUGCUCACAUGCAGAUGUGCUCAAAUUUCCUAGAACUAAAAUGGGAGGCGCUGAGUCCUGCAAUUCAGUUCACCCCGUUUUUCAUUGUGGGAGCUCGAGUGUUUCCUUUCACAUGCAAAAUGUCACGCGUUUCAGUUUUUGUUUACAGCCUGAUAGCGUAGUUAAGUGGCACAUUGAGUUACUUUUUGUUUUGUUAAAUAGAUUAGAAUUGCUGUCCAAGAAAUGCCCUUCAGAGGCGCAUUUUUAUCGUCUGUUUUUGAGUUUGGAAACAUUUGGCUGGGACCCAAAAAAAUUGUGCCCUGCAGCGUAGAAUGUAAAUAUGUUUUGAUUGGUCGCUGUAAUGCAUGUCCUAUCCCUCCUCCAGGAACCCGGAUCAUUUAUGACAGAAAGUUCCUCCUGGACUGCAGGAACUCUCCCAUUGCCCGGACCCCACCCUGUUGUUUGCCCCAGAUUCCUGGGGUGACCAUUCCUUCACACCAUCCAAUGUCCAAACUGCAGGAGCUCAAAGAGGAGUUGGAGGAGGAGAAGGAUCUGACAGCUGAUGACAACCAGUUUGAAAUGGACAUUUGAUUCUACCUCCUGUGGAGAAUACUCUAUUAUAUCUGUCAGGAUGUUGCUGCUUAAUCCACGAUCAGCGGACAUUACAUAUUCAACAGAUUACGGGGCUUUUUAAUGAGCUAAACACCCAAAGGGUGUCUUUUAUUCUUUUGUUUAAAAGUAUUUGUUAGGUGUUUACCAGAAAGACAAAAAACAUGAUUCUUUGACACAUGACAGUGUUUUAAAGUUCUUUAUUGUACAUAUGGUACUUUCUACUUUUUUUUUUUUUUUUUUUUUUU